AUGGGCCAUGCUUUGAACAAAAGCCUACAACUAGAGGGGAGGGAUCUUAUAGUCCAAAUAGGGGAUCCAUCCUACCUAGCACAGAUUGUAGCGGAAGGGAUGCAACUGGGCCUAAACAAUGCCAUGAUUCGCCCAUGGAUGAGUCCCCAACAGUUCCACCCUAUGCAAAUGAAUCUAGGUCCACACCCAUCUCCAUGGAGCUCCCAUGCAUGGCCCCAACAACCCACGUACAGCAUGUCCAACCCUAACCUUCCAAUAUACCCGUCCCAUGCAAAACCUCCAACCCUAGCUCCUACCUUCCAAACUACUCUAGCUCAGCCAAACUCACAACCCAGCAGCAGCACCCCCUUAGCCCCUCUGCCCAGAACAGUCCCACCCUCACCCCUUCAAAGCUCGAGCCAAGCACAGAUGGCCCCUCCAACACUACAAAAUCCGAGCCAAACUUUGAUGGAAGAGGAGGAAGAAGAGGAAGAAAUCCCAACAGAAAGAAUAGUGAAGCACAAGGAAAAUGAACCCCCCAAGCCUUUACCAGCAUGCAGUGGUGUUAGUCCCAACAAUGUUUACUCACUACUGGACACAACGGGAGAGCAUGAGGAGCAGCCACAGCCCCACCAGUAG